ACGAACGAGGAGGCGACUCAGCCGAUCUGCUGUCUGUCUCGACAGUCGUUCGAGCUCCGCGCGAAUUGGAGCGCGCGAGUGUUCGUCGCUGACAAGUUACUGUAUGUCUUGUAACAGGAGCCGAACAUCGUCCAGAUGAACGAGAACAAAUCGCAGCGCGAUCCUCGCGUGCUCCUUGUUGCAGGCGCAGUUUCUUAUGACUACUUGGUCUAUCCCGCGGGCUUGCGCAGCGAGGCUGGGUCGCGCCUCAUUGGAUCUAGAACUAGUCGAGACGAUGAGGAUGCCUACGCCUCCCAACUUGUGAUCCGCACCGGCGCAGCAGAUCUCGUGGCGCAGCUCCUGCUGCACACAGCUGCAAAGCCGAAAUGGGGAUUGGAAGUCUUAGGGCCACAGCUUUUAGGGCCUUGCUCCCACAGCCUUCAGCACAAUGCCUCCUCAGUAGUUGACCUAGGUCACACACCCUCCUCAGGCUCCUUUCGCGUGCUUCGAAGACGCCGGAUUGGGAGGCCCUCUGCUACGUGGCAUCAGCCGUCGUUGGAGAAAGUGAGCGGAUUGGCGGCAUCCCGUACCGCAAUCAUAUUGGGCUCUGGGGAGCUGCACCACGUCGAGCCGGCCUUGGACUUUCUGCAGCGUGUUCAACCUCAAUAUAUAAUACAUCACAUGAGAAGGCCUCUUGCCACUGGAAAGCUGUGGGACGCCAUUCGAAACGGACCACGAACAAGCGACGGUGUGGUGCACCCAGACCACCUUGCUGUGAUCAUCGACGCCGAAGACCUUCGCGCAGAGGGUAUAUCGUUGAGUCGCUCCCUGUCGUGGGAACAAACCACGGAAGACUUUGUCCGACAUCUGGGGUCAAACGGCAGACUCGAUACUUUGGUCACUUGUCCCAAUCUUAUUGUGCGAUUUGGCAAUCAAGGCAUCAUUCAUCAUCGAGGAAGGGACGCCACUGACCCAAAGCUAUACUUUCACCCUCGAGAGGUGGAGAGCUACAACAGUGCCGCUGGUCAUAUGAUUGAGCUCACAUCGGCGUUUACUGCUGGCUUCGCACUUGGUUUCGCAGACGCUUCACUGCCGAGCAUAGACAGAGGCAUUCGCUUGGGUAUCUCAGCCGCCAGAGACAUGGAUACCAAUGGAUUUGUGACGACAGCAGACGACAGUGCACCAAAUUAUCCUAUAACGCACAUCGUCGAACAACUUGCGGUAGAAAAGAGAUUCUCGUCUGUGAGCAUACCUUCUGGGCGCAUCAGUUCUGGCGAUAGCUGGAACAUCUUUGACGAAGUCACCGGCGAUCCUGCUGAGGUUGCACGACAGAUUGUCACUUCUGGCGCCGAGAAGACGUUGCUGAGAUGUCCGGCUCAGCGGUUCGGCGACCUUCUUAGUGUUGAAAGAUCCGAGCAAGAGAGCUUGCGCGCUGUGGUGGAUGCCGUGCAAGAGCGUCUCAACUUCGAGACCGCUCAACCCACUUCGAUUGGUAUUCUAGGACCCCCGGGUUCUGGCAAGAAGUAUGUUGCGCAAAACCUCGCAAUGCACUUUGCCCAGAACACAGACGUGAAACAGCUCACAUUCAAUGGCCGUCUGCUGCGGCUUGAGGACUUAAUAGCUCUAUGUCACACUAUACGAGAUAACACAGCUAGCGGACUGCUGACUGUCGUGUGUUUCGAGAACUUCGAGUCCAUUCUGGAACCAAGGAACGAGUUGCUCAACGACUUUUUGGUCAUGAUGAGGGACGGCCAUUUCACAGAUAGGGGCCAUGUCCGUUCCCUAGGGCAUCCGCUGCUCUUCUUUCUUGUGAAUCAAGAACCACCGAGUUUUCAAAUGAUGGACGUCGCCCUUACCCCAACUGCAACCGAAUUCAGAGAGCGACGCACGAUUGAUGCAUCUCAACUUCUCGACAGUGUACAUGGUGUGAUUCGCAUCUUGGGCCCGAAUCAGGCUGGGCAAAAUGACAAGAUGUUUCCAGUGCGCAGAGCACUCAUGCUUCGACAAAUGCUGAAGCAGCAAUUUCCCCACCUGGAGGUCAACGGCUGCCUCAAAAUUGAUGAUGCAGUAUUGCACGCACUGCUUCUGGUCCCUUCUUACAAGCACGGUCUCCGCUCACUCGAAAAGAUUCUGAGCACCAGUCGCCUUUCUCACAAGACCAAGUUCGACGUCUCCGCUCUUCCGCCAGAGGAGCAGAUACAGCUCCACGUAGAUGGCAGGAUCUUCAUGUCGUUCUUGCGCCAACCAAAGUUGGCGCCACAGCUGCGAGAACGGUUAGCGCAGGGACUAUUCAUUGCUUAUAAGAAGAAACGCGUAGACAUGGCGCAAACGGCAGCCGAGAAAGCAGAGCUCGAGUCUGAUCCCAGCAUGAGCGACUGGGACGAACUUUCUCCCGAACUCAAAGAGUCCACAAGAAGCCAAGCAGACGAUAUACCGCGGAAGCUUCGCAGCGUCAACUGCUUCAUGCUCGACCAAGACCGGAAAGCACCUCUGAUCCACGUUCCCGAGUUCACAGUCGAGGAGCUGGAUAUGCUCAGUGAGAUGGAACACGAGCGCUUCAACGCCGAGCGAUUACAACGACAAUGGAGAACGGGUCCUCGAUCCAGUGGAAACAGGACAACUCCAUUCCUCAUUCCGUGGCGAGAUCUGACGCAGCCGUGGAGGGAGGUUGAUCGCGUCAUGGUCGAGUGUGUCCCGAGGGUUCUGGCCACUGCUGGAUGGAAAAUUUAUCGGAUGCAAGAAGACGAUGAGUGAGUGAUGUUCGCUAGGCCUGCAUGUGUGUGUAUGUGUCUACCUCUCCCUGUUGUACAUACCUACCUACUCAUGUGUUGUAGCGCAUGGUACAUUUGACAUGUCCGUGGGAGACGAACUUUCCCGCUAUCCGGGAUUCAUCGCAUCCAUGAUGCAUACCUAGUAUCAUUGAGCAAAGGCGUGAGAUUCUGCAUCGAGCUCUCGAAGCCCAUCCAUGCCAUGAUACCUUAGGCAAAGAGUUGCAGAAUGUAGUCGGUCAGCCUUCA